CAAACCAAAACAAAGUCACAUAAUCGUGCUGAAUUAGCUAAAAAUCAGUUAUUUUUUAUUAAAAUUUGUCAAAUUUUUAGUUCCUAGCUGUUUUCUAGCAAAAGUGCAACGUUUUUCAAAUGUUCAACAUUCGAUUGGUGCUAAACAGGUUAGCACCGGUGCAUCGUUCCGUCACAGGUCCCACCAUCCAAAGGGCUCGAUGCCUUCAGACCACUCCAUGGCACUGCAAGCGUCGGAAAACGGCCGAAGAAAAGAAGGCCCCGCGGGUGAUUGAGUUUUCCCACAAGAAAAAGAACCAACCUCAAGCGGCCAGCGGAACAGUGGUGGACAUUUGGCGGAAUAUGACUGUGGCCGAGUUGGCCCGGUCCUCCCAGCUGGAUCUGGAACACAUUCAGGAGGUAAUGCUGUACGUGAAAGGAGCUGGGAGUAUCGAACCGGAGGCACGGUUGGAGGAUCAGAAGAUUGUGAAGGAGAUUCUUCAAAAGUGUGGCCUCCGUAUGAAAAUCGUGGCCGCACCGAGCGCGGAGAAGCAACUGGAGGAAAAGGAUCGUGACGUGGUGCCGAGAGGUCCUCCUUUGGAGGAAAAUCUGCGUGAGAGACCGCCGGUGGUUACCGUCAUGGGUCACGUGGACCACGGCAAGACAACGCUGCUGGAUUCCUUGCGGGGAGCUUCGGUUGCGGCUAGCGAGGCCGGUGGAAUAACACAGCACAUUGGUGCGUUCACGGUGGAGCUGGACAAUGGGGAGCGGGUCACUUUCCUCGAUACUCCGGGCCACGCGGCGUUCAGUGCGAUGCGAGCGCGGGGGGCCAACCUGACGGACAUUAUCGUGCUGGUGGUCGCGGCGGAUGACGGAGUGAUGGAGCAAACGAAGGAAGUGCUGCAGCUGGCACGGGAAGCGAACGUACCGAUCAUUGUGGCCAUAAACAAGGUGGACAAGCCCGAGUCGGACAUGGACCGGGUCCGGCGGGAGUUGGCACAGCACGGGUUGGCGCUAGAAGGGUCCGGUGGGGACACCAUUGCGGUGGGCGUUUCCGCCCUGCAGGGCACCGGUCUGGACGAGCUGACCGAGGCCGUGAGCACGCAGGCCACGUUGAUGGGCCUUCGCGGCGAGUACGUUGGUCCGAUGGAGGGUGUCGUGGUUGAAUCUAAACAGGACUCGCGCCGAGGCAAACUCUCAACGGCGAUCGUGACGCGUGGAACGCUCCGCAAGGGAAGUGUCCUCGUGAGUGGACUGGCCUGGGCAAAGGUACGGGGACUGUUUGACCACGCGGGUCAACCAAUUUCGGAGAUUACUCCCGGGAUGCCGGUGGAGAUCCUGGGCUGGCGAGAGUUGCCCUCGGCUGGAGAUGUUAUUUUAGAGGUGGAGUCUGAGCGGGUAGCGCACGCGGUGAUGAGGUGGCGCGAGGCGCAGGCCAAGGCCGAGAAGGCGGAAGGAGACAAGGACGCGAUCAUGGCUAAGAGGAUGGAGCACGAUGAGAAGUAUAAGGCGGAGAGGGAGCAACAAAGGCUGGCCGGAUUCUACAGGAGGAGGAACAAAGGUCCACGGCCGAAAGAGUCCGCUCCGGACGAUCCAACGCCAAAGGUCAACGUGAUCAUCAAGGGUGACGUCCACGGGUCGGUUGAGGCCAUCCUUGACGUGCUAGACACGUACGACGAUUCGGAACACUGCCGGUUGAACGUGGUCCAUUACGCCGUCGGAGACGUCUCCCAAAGCGAUUUGGAACUGGCCAAAAUGUUCGACGCCGUAAUCUACGCGUUUUCUGUAUCAAUACCCGACAAGGUAAAAGACGUAGCCAUCAAACCGGUAAACAUCAUCUACCGGCUGGUGGACGACCUGAAGAAAGAAAUCAACUCCAAACUGCCCCCGAUCGACGUGGAAGAAACGGUCGGUGAAGCCAACAUCCUCCAGCUGUUUGAUAUCAACGAAGGCCGUCGAAAGGUCACCGUGCUUGGCUGCCGUUGCACCAAAGGUCUGCUCAAGAAAGCGUCCCGCUUCAAGCUGGUUCGGAACGGGGAAACCGUGGCAGACGGGCUAACGCUGGAGUCGAUGCGACAUUUGAAGAACGAAGUCGAUACGAUCAAGAAGGACGUCGAAUGUGGACUGCGGUUGGACGAUCAGGACGUGGUGGUGAAGGCGGGAGACUCGCUGGUGUGCUACAAGAUUGUGCAGGAACCGCAGGAAACGGAGUGGGAUCCGGGUUUUUGAGCGGGGAGUUGAAGGGUGAUGUGGUGCUUAUUGUAAGUAGAGAAAUAAUUAUUGUUGUUGACAAUAAACCAAAACUACUUGAAAACUUACCUUAUUAA